GCGCAGGCUCCCGGCGAGGACGGAUAAAAAUUCGGACGAGCGCGAAACCGAAGAAUUCGGAGUAGAGUGAAGCGAUUGGGGCGAGUUCGGGCUCAAUUAGAUUUUUAGCAGCUUCGAUCUUCGGCCGAGAGCGGUGAGCGGCGGCUGCAGUUCGCAAGCUGUUUCACUUACCACAAAGGGUGAACUUUCACCCAAAAUUCGGGGUCAUCCAUCAACAUUCGAAACACAUCUGACCGCUUAGCAGGUAUAUAGAGUGGUUCAAAUGUGAAGCCGACUGUGACCAUUUGUAGUUCCCUGUAAGCCAAAAAUCCGAGAACGGCGACCAAAGUCGACAAAAGUAUGACCUUCGUUGCUGCCAUGGCCGUCACACAACUUGAGGCGUCCUUUCUCAAUUUUCCAAUUUUCCAUAAUUCACUCGGUUUGCCCCCCAAAUUUUGCAUAAGCUAUUGUUGUGAGAAACUCUUGGGAAUAUGCAGACCUCCCAAGAGCAUCUAAAAAUGAUGCACCGGCCCAUUGAGAUAUUUGGGGGGCAAAAAGUUUAGGCGUUGUGUGACAAAAAAGCAAUGACGUCACUGCACUGUCAUGCCACCGCAAGUUGUCGCCGCUGUUGCGUAAUGUGAGCUUUCAUUUCUUGAGCUACAGAAGCCAAAAUCAGGCUUUUUGAAGUGUUAUUCAAAGUCUAUGGCAGCCUUCAAACAUAAGCAACUACGUCAUAAUUCAAAAGUUGUUCUCGUGUUACGUUUGGGUCUACUUUUAAUGCCAGUUUAGCACCAAUUAACAAAAUGGCUUCGUCCAGGAUUUUAAUUUUCCGGGGGCACAGUGGUACAAAUUUGUAGGCGCGGAAAACGGGGCGAAGAUGACAGAGAAAGAAGAUGAAAGCGAGAAGUGGUGUGCUGUAUGCAGUGACAGUUCUUCUGGCUACCAUUAUGGAGCAAACACUUGCGAGGGGUGCAAGAGUUUCUUCAAACGGACAGUUCAAAAAGAUCUACUGGAUAAGUACGAAUGUAGCGGUAAUGAAGAUUGCCCUGUUGACAAACAGUCCCGUGCUAAGUGUCAAUUCUGCAGGCUACAGAGGUGCUUUACAGUAGGGAUGGUCGCAGAAGGUGUGAGAAAAGAAAAAAGGCGUGGAGGACGAUCAUUCUAUCCUUUGAAAAAGCAGAAAUGUCAGCAAGAAACUCAAACUUCUUCAAAUGAAGAUCGCAACAUUACAUAUUGCUCAGAGCUCAUCACAAAACUAAUGGACAGCAGUCCAUGCAUUAUCCCUCCUGGCGAGUCACUUGAGAACUCAAGAGAAGCUAUUAUUACAGAGAGCAGAGAAGGAAUACUGACAAGAUUGUCGAAUGCAAUCACAAAAGAGCUGUACUUGAUUGUUGAGUGGGCCAAACUUGUCCCAGGAUUUGAUCAACUUUGUCGAAAGGAUCAGAUUGCUUUGUUGACUGCAGGCGGCAUGGAAUUAAUUGUGUUCCGACUCAUUUACAGGUCUAUUCCUUACAAGGAGCAUGUUUACAUGAACACCACUACCCUUCUAGUGAGAGAAGACUGUUACAGUGUGCUGAACAAAGAAAUUGUUGACAUGAUUCUAGAUGUAGUGGAUCGACUUAGACCACUGGCUAUGGAUGACGUGGAGUUUGCUUGUUUAAAGACCAUUCUCUUAGCUGACCCAGAGACACCAGGACUCACUGACAAGAUUGCUGUUGGUGCACUACAAGGGUCAUUUCUAGCAGCUCUUAAAGAGCAUAUGGAAUCAACAUACCCUGAUCAUUCUGGACGAUUUGCAAAGCUACUUCUCCGUCUGCCAGCUCUGCGCGAUGUAUGCACAAAGGGCUACCAGUAUUUUUUACUUGUGCGAGCUAAGCUGGAGGGCGAAAUUCCCAUGUCAACUUUACUGCAAGAAAUGUUUGAAUCUGCAAGAUUUUAGAAGCAUAGUUUACUACUCAUGCCGACCCCUGCAGGGCUACAAUGUACAACGAUACAAUGUAUAUACUCGCAUUUUUUUAUAAACAUGUUUUUCACCCAAGUAAAUCUGAAGAAAAUUCUGGUUUCACAGGGUAAAUCUAAUAGUGUUUACCAUGUACAUUCAAUCUUCUCACAGUGUGUUUGCACAUGUUACUGUUAGAGUAUAAAUUAUUGUACUCUGGACAAAAUUAAAUAGAACCCAGUGGUACAUACACAUGUAUGUCUCCCUACACGACCAGGAGAGGUACCUGAAGAAGAGAGACACAGAAAAAACGAUAAAAUAAAAGACAAUAUCCUGAAAGACCAUGAAACAAAAAAUUAGGGAUCCUCUAAUGUCGACUCUUUCACCCUCCCCCCUCCUCUACACCAUUACUCAUUUGCACCUGGUACCUCCCUAGCCAUGGCUUUAAUCCACAAUUUGUUAGUUUUGUUAUGUGUGCCAAAAUAAUCAAUUUCAUGUAUUAAUUAUAAAAUCAGUUUUUAUGUGAAUUAGCACCCAGGGUGAUUUAAUUGUUAGUAAAUGUAUUAUCAUUUUUGCAAAUCAUGGUGACAAAAAUAUGUGCCCUAUAAGCUUGGUUACAACUAAAUUCCCAAAUUUGCAGCAAAGGUUUAGGAAGCACAAAAAUAUAGAAUAGCAUUCAAUAACCUUCUAGACAUUUUAAAGUUAAAGUUUAGGUUUAGUUUAAGUUUAGCCUGGUUGUACUUCUGAGAGGUUUAGCCAAGAAAUUGAGGUGGGUUGCUGUUGUGAACUGGUUAAGAACUUUAUAAAAAAUUAUGAUAUAGUGUAGGAAUAUAUGGUAAAUACAGAUGUUAAUAUUAUGAAAACUGUUCAUGAAUAUAAAUAUAGAUUUUAUGGUAAAACGACUCCUUGUAUCAAAUAAAAAAAAAGUUUAGAAAAGCUUGCUCA